AUGCCUAGUGUUGAUGAAGUCAAAAAGGUUGUUUUCAACCUUAGUGGAUCAAGUGCUAGUGGACCUGAUGGUUUUCCUGGAAUUUUCUAUCAGACAUAUUGGGACAUUAUUAGCUUGGAUGUAUACAAGAUGGUGGUGGCUUUCUUUCCGGGUCAUACUCUUCCAAAAUUGGAGACUGUGCUACCUCAGUUGAUUUCUAUUAAUCAAGCAAGUUUUGUUCAAGGGAGCAGCAUUAUUGAGAAUGUGCUAUUGGCACAAGGAAUAGCCAAAGGAUUUUUCCAUUCAACCAGGGGUGUGAAACAAGGUGAUACACUUUCACCUGUAUUGUUCAUCUUAUCAGCAGAGGUGUUAUCAAGAGCUCUAAAUGCAGAAUUUGACAAUGCUGAGUAUGUGGGCUAUGGCAUGCCUGAAUGGAGUCAAAAUAUCAAUCGUCUGGCUUAUGCAGAUGAUACUAUAAUAUUUGCAUCUGCAGAAGGGGAGUCAUUGAAGAGAAUUAUGAAGAUACUGCAGGAGUAUGAGGCAAUUUCAGGUCAGCUGAUCAAUAAAGGCAAGAGUGCCUUUUAUAUGCAUCACAACAUUUCUGGUGCAUUGAGGAAAAAGGUAUAUUACAAUGACCUUAUCAAGAAGGUGAAAAACAAGCUGCAAAAUUGGAAAGGAAAAUUGCUCUCCUUUGGUGGAAAAGCAGUUCGUAUCAAUAGUGUGCUUCAGAGUAUUCCAAUAUACAUGCUGUCAGCUGUUGUUCCAACAAAAUAUACCAUUAAUGAGCUUCAUAAAAUCUUUGAAAGUUUUUACUGGAGCACUAAUGAAGAAGGUAAAAGCAGGCACUGGUCCUCUUGGGACAAGGUUUGUUUACCAAAAGAAGAAGGAGGAUUAGGAUUCAGAUCUCUAGAUGAUGUGUCUAAGGCCUUUUUUUCAAAAUUAUGGUGGAAAUUUAGAACAUCAAAUACAUUAUGGUCAGCCUUUAUGUGGAAUAAAUAUUGCAAGAAGAAGAAGCCUACAGAAGUGCAGUGGAAAGGUUGA